CACUGUCUACUAUGCAACUUCAUUUUGUAAAUAUUUUGGUACUUCCCGGUACUCCUUUACAUUUGUGACAGUAUUUGACAUUAAAAGUGUGUCUGUGAUAAACAGAAAAUUCAGAAGUUAAUUUUGUACAGAAAUGUCUAUUUUACGUUUCAUAGUUUCGUUCGUUUACUCGUUGGCAGGAGUAUCCGGGUUUGGGGCGUUUAUCAUCCUUAAGAAUUAUGCAGCUGCCAUAUUUGCCAUUAUAACAGGUUUUAUUAGUAUUAUUACAAGCCAUAUACAUUUCUUGAAUUUUAAAAAUAAAUUAGAAGACUGGUAUACACCUCAACAUUUGCGUCAAAUGAGUUCCUUUGGUAUUUAUUGUUUUGCAAUUAGUACUUCAGCUUUAGUUUAUUUUUCUGUUAUUGAAAUAAUGGAAAAAAGGCCAAUAAUGCCAAUUGAAAACAGUGCUAUAAUUCCACUGAUUUGGUGCUUGAUUACAUUAAAAAGUGGGUUGAUUUUGGCCUACUUUGGAAGGCUUUACAGUCGUAAAACCGAUCACAUAUCCGUGACCGAAGAACCCACCCCCGAACCAAAUAAUGAAGAGGUUGAAGAAAUUACACCGUAACAAGAUCUUAUGUUUUAAUGCUCAAUAAUUUUAAAAUCCUGUUACAGUGCUGUGUUAUUUUUAUAAUGAAUUAGAUAUUAACGACGUGUUUUUAUAAAAUGAAUAAAGAAAUAAACCAGUAAAACGUCUUUUUUGUGUUUGU